UGCAGCAAGCGCUUCACGCGCAAGUACAACCUCAAGUCACAUGAGAGGACGCACACCAACGAGCGCCCGUUCGAGUGCGAUGCGUGCGAGGCCAAAUUCAGCAGGAACCACGAUCUGAAGCGCCACAAGAAGAUCCACAGCGGCGCUAAGCCCUUCAUCUGCCUGCACUGCAACCGUGGGUUUGCCCGUGCCGAUGCACUCCGCCGUCAC